AUCGAUCCGCCCCUCACUCCCUCCCCGGACGCGUGACAGAAAGCAUGAUCUCGAAGGCGCUGCUGUGUAUCCUGGUGGGCGUGGUCACCGCCGCUAAGCUGCCCAGCACCCCGCGGCGAGGCAUCGGCCGCCCGCAGCAAGGCAGCUUCGGGAGCCACUUCGCCCAGCACGGCGGGGGAGGCUUCGGUGGGCAGGACAGGUACAGACCCACGCCGGGGCCCUUCAUCCCCAUCCUGGUGGACGAGCGGGACGGCCCCCACGCGGACGGCACCUACAGCUUCAACUUCGAGACGGGCAACGGCAUCACGCGGCAUGAGCAGGGUUACCCGCAGGGUCCAGAGGGCGCCGUGGUGUCCCAGGGCGGCUGGUCCUUCACCUUCCCCGACGGCACACCUGCUGUCUUCUCCUUCGUGGCGGACGAGAACGGGUACCGCGUCGAGUCCCCGCUGCUUCCCACGCCGCCGCCGCUCCCCGCCCACGCCAUCGCCCAGAUCGAGUUCGCCCGCCAGCAGCGAGCACAGGGAGUCUCCUAUGACGGCCAAAGGGGAAGUUCAGGGGGCUUCGGAGGCUCACGAAGACCCUACUAAACGUGACGCCCCGCACCGCCCCACCCCGCCCCUUGACCCCCCGCAUGACGCCAGGCGCGCCACGACAGAACCGCCCCCGCCCCUCCCUCUCACGUAUACGCUUGUUAGGCUAAGGCUCCCCCCCACCCAGCAUGUCCAAUAAAACAGUGACCAGGCGUGUUGUUUGCCUCUAAAACCAUCGACUUUCAUUCCUCCCUCUCAUGAAGCUGAUCUAAUACCCCAAACUUGACUCCCUGCUUCUACUCAUCCCUCCCUCAUA